GAUGUUGAUACGAAAAUGCGGGAUUAACGUUUUUCAAGAUGUCGGUCGUCUGGUCUGUAGCGGUUAGUGUAGUUUCCCAUCCGGCGAAAUCUGUAAGGACGAUAAGUUCGUCGAUUAUUUAGUCGUAAAUGUUAAAAUUUCGCUCAUGUAUACACAUUUGAAGCCGGCGGAUAUAUUACGAUGGCCUGGGAAUGUUUAUUUCGUAAGUUAUUGGCGUUGAAGUUGCAAUGAAUGGAUCAGUUGUUCGGCAGACGUUUCGAAUUGCUCGCAUCAACCUAUAACAACCAAUAACAGAUUCCCCUUUCAUUUUAUGGAAACUUUUAUUAAUAAGCUUAGGAAUGUAAAUUACCGAUCAUACGGUAUUUACAUUCGUGUGAAUUAGCUAGGAAGAUGGAAUAGUUUCCGUUUUAAAAAGAAAUGCAGACUUGACGUUUACUUCCGGUUAGGAAAGAAUUCGUUGCCGUUAUCUUUUUAAAUUACUGACAUGCAAUUUGAAGAAAAGGCAUAUCCCGUGGAUGAUAAAGAAGAGAAGAACGAGAGGAAGGAAGAAUCGGUUUCUCCAUCUUCUACUCCCGAUCUAUCGUCGUCUGGAGAACAUAAAAAAUAUCAAAGGCCGAAGUCUGUCUCUUUCCAUAGUGCAUCUAGUCUACCAGCUGAAAGGAAAAUAUCCAGUGCAUUAGAUUGUCUAAAAUAUAUGAUUAGUGGUAGCAGCUUAAUAAAAGUUCGACCAAGUUCACGACAGUACAGGCGUUUCUUUACACUCGAAGAAGAUCUAUCUUCUAUAAGGUGGAUUCCAUCAACAAAGAAAUCAAACAAAGCUAGAUUGCCAAUUCGUUGCAUGCGUGAAGUAAGAAUGGGUAAAAGCACAGAAGUACUAAGGAGCCGUGAAAUUGCUGGCAGUUAUUCUGAAGAUUGUGCAUUCUCUGUAAUUUAUAAUGAUACAUUUGAAUCCUUAGAUCUAAUUGCACCAUCAGCAGAUGAAGCUAAUAUUUGGGUGACAGGACUGAAUGUUCUAAUUGGUGCUUCCAAAUCUCCUGAUACUCUUGAUGAAAGACAAAGAAUGAGAGAAAAAUGGUUAAAAGAAAUGUUUGAUAAAGCUGACACUAAGCAAAAAGGAUUAUUAGAUGAAUGGGAAACGAUAUCAUUAAUGAAAAAAUUAAAUAAUCAAUUAAGUACAGUUCGUUUAAGGCAAAAAAUAAUGGAAUAUGAACAUGGAAAAAUUGGAGAAGAAAGAGGAAGGAUAGGAAGCAGUGAUUUUGUAAAUCUUUUCAAGGAAACAUCAACUCGUCCAGAAAUAUAUUAUUUAUUAGUGAGGUUUUCUGGAAAAGAUUAUAUGACAUUAGAUGAUUUUCAAUUAUUUCUUGAAGGAGAGCAAGGCAUGUACAACAUUAGCCAAGAAUAUUGUGAAAAAAUCAUUCAACAAUUUGAACAUUCAAUGGAAGCACAGAAAAAUAGGCAGUUUCUUAUUGAUGGUUUUACUCAAUUUCUGCUGUCAGAAACCUGUGAUAUGACACCAAACAAAGGAGCUGUUGAUCAAGACAUGUCCCAUCCAUUGUCUCAUUAUUUUAUAUCAACUUCCCAUAAUACAUAUUUGCUACAAGAUCAAUUAAAAGGUCCAUCUAGUAUAGAAGGUUAUGUUAAUGUUCUGCAGAAAGGAUGUAGAUGUAUUAAAGUUGAUUGUUGGGAUGAUAUCCAAGGGCCAGUUGUGUAUCAUGGUAAUACUUUGACAUCUAAAAUUCCAUUAGCAGAUGUUUUACAAACAAUUAGUGAUAAUGCUUUUGUAACAUCACAGUAUCCGUUGAUUCUACAUUUGGAAAAUCAUUGCUGUCUGGAAUCUCAAAGGGAAAUAUCUAGUUUAAUAUCUUUUAUGUUGAGCAAAUAUUUAUAUAUUCCAGAGAGAGAUGGUCAUUUAUUAUUAACUCAGACUUCUCCUGAAAGAUUAAAAAGAAAAAUUGUCAUUAUGGGCAAAAAAUUACCUGAAUAUUGUAAGGGGGAUGGUGAAGUAACUGAUGAAGAAGACAUAUCGGAUAGUAGCAAGGUAAUUCAUAAAAUCAAAUUGGCUCAUGAAUUGUCAGAUCUAGUCACUUUGAAGAAAACAAGGUUUCUAGACUAUGAAAUAUCAGAAGAAAUACAAAAAACAUCUGAUGCCUCUUCUUUUGCUGAAAUCCUUGCUACCAAGUUAUGUCAAGCUUUUGCUGAAGAUCUUGUAAAUCAUAAUAAGCAAUACUUAACUCAUAUAUUUCCUAGUAGCAAUAGAGUUGAUUCAAGCAAUUUUAAUCCACUACAUUAUUGGAGUUAUGGCUGUCAAAUGGUUGCAAUGAACUUUCAGACAUCUGGCCAAAUGAUGGAUUUGUAUGAAGGCUGGUUUCAACAAAAUGGAAAUUGUGGUUAUAUAUUAAAACCACAUUUUCUUAGAGAUCACAUGUUUCUGUUUUCUCCCACUGCCAAGGAGCCAUAUCCUGGAUUGGAACCAAUAACGUUUCAUUUAAAGGUUAUUAGUGCACAACAGUUACCCCAACCUGAAGGAUCUUCCUGUAAAGCAAGUGCCAUUGAUCCUUAUAUUGUCGUUCAGGUUCAUGGAGUACCAGCAGAUUGUGCCGAAGCACGGACAAGAACAAUAUCUAAUGAAGGACAUUCUCCAAUAUUUGAUGAAAGUUUUGAAUUUAUUGUGACUGUACCAGAAAUAGCAAUACUCCGUUUAGCAGUAUUAGAUGAUGAAUGUUUAGGUGAUGACUUCAUUGGUCAAUAUGCUAUUCCUUUAACCAGUGUACAAACAGGAUAUCGCCAUGUUCAUCUCAAAUCCAGUACAGGUUCUGUUCUUCAAAAUACAACAAUAUUUAUUCAUACCUCUGUAACAAGAAGAUCAGAAAGCUUGAAAUUGUAUAAAAAGAAACCAAAUAUUUCCUUGAGACAAGUUGGAAUUAAAUCAAUUGACGACCAUUUCAAAAAUGCAGCAUCACUGUUAUCAGAUGCCCAGAGAUUAAGAACAGAUCAUGAACAAGCUAUGGUUGAUUUGUGCAAGGAAUGUGCUUUACCAGAUAGUGGUAACAUCGUCCAAUGUUUGAGGGUUUUGUCUCUGAGAACAGCAUGUUGCCACACAAUCUCCAAUAUCCAAGUAAUGUUAGAUAAAGGAUUUCCAUAUUUGAAAGUGUUUGGUGAACUUCCUGCAAGUUUAAGUAAAGCAUUUGCUUUACUUGAAAAGGUUUUAAUGGAAUUCAAACAUGUGAUAGAAAGUGCUGAUAAUUUAUUGACCAUGGUAAGUUUUUAUGAUAAUCAUUAUUUACUGAUUUUUAAUGCCUAAAUGAUAUUUAAAUUGUAUCAUCAAAUGAAAUUAAAAUUAUAUAAUACAGUAGACUCAAAAUUCAUGAAAAUAGAAGAGCAACUUAACUCUCAUAAACUCAAUGCAUUCUGUGUCUAUAAGUCAAAAUAGUUUUGAUAUCACAUUUUGCUAACUCAAAAUUUAAGAUCCUUUAUUUUAUAUUCAAGUAGUUCUUUUCAAUAUCUGGUGUGGUAGCUGAUGAAUACAUAGAUUUAGUAUGUGUCUCUUUAAUCCGAAUUAGUAAAAUGGUAGACU